AUGGGAUUUAGAUAUUUUUUAGCUACUGUAUUGGCUUUUGUCAAUGCAGACUACGGUAUUGAUGUAUCAUCAUCCACCUCACAAGGUAUCACUUCCUCACAAUGGUCAUGUCUCGCCGGUAAGAACCAACGUGCCAUCAUCCAAGUUUGGUCUGGUGGUUAUGGACUCAAUUCUCAGGCAUCAUCUAUCAUCUCCGCUGCCAAAUCUGCAGGUUUCCAAAUUGUUGAUGUUUAUGCAUUCUUGUGCAACCAAUGCUCAGGUAACUCACCAUCAUCCAAUGUAAUCCAACAAAUCGUUAACAGUUUGGGUGGUCAAUUCGGUACUCUCUGGAUUGAUGUUGAGCAAUGCUCUGGUUGUUGGGGAGAUGUCAAUGAUAACGCUGCCUUUGUUGCCGAAGCUGUCCAAACUGCUGCCUCAUUGGGUGUUACCGUUGGUGUUUAUUCAUCAUUGGGAGAAUGGCCACAAACUGUUGGUUCACUCUCAUCACUUUCCUCCUACCCACAAUGGUACGCUCACUAUGAUGGUGUUGCUGCCUUCACUGAUACUAGCUUCUACCAAUACGGAGGUUGGGACAACCCAGAGAUGAAACAAUACGUAGGAAACACCAAUGAAUGUGGUGUCUCUGUUGAUCUCGACUAUUAUUCAGGUAGCUCUGGAUCUUCAUCAUCAGGAUCAGGAUCUGGUUCUGGAUCAUCAGGUACUACCUCCUCUGGUUCUGGUAGUGGAUCAUCAGGUACUACCUCCUCUGGUUCAGGUAGUGGUUCAUCAGGUACUACCUCAUCUGGUUCUGGUACUGGAUCCUCUGGUUCAGGUAGUGGAUCAUCAGGUACUACCUCAUCUGGUUCUGGUAGUGGAUCAUCUUCAUCAUCUGGCUCGGGUAGUGGAUCGUCUUCAUCCUCUGGUUCAGGCAGUGGAUCGUCUUCAUCCUCUGGUUCUGGAUCAGGAUCAUCGGGUACUACCUCAUCUGGUUCAGGUAGUGGAUCAUCUUCAUCGUCUGGUUCGGGUAGUGGAUCGUCUUCAUCCUCUGCUUCAAGUGGUUCUGGUUCGGGUUCGGGAUCUGGCUCUGGAACAAGCGCCACCACAACCAAAUAA